AUGUCUACUAUGAAACGGGGGGGGCUUGCACCAGGUGCUCUUGGCUCAUGGGAACCAACCAAUACUAUCAAGUCCACCUUGAGCAUGAUAGUCAAGCUGCUUCAGCAACCUGACUCAAAUUUCCCUGUCAAUGAAGAAGCAAACUCGCUGUUUUUGAGGAAUAAUCCUGUGUUCAGAGAAAGGGCUCAGGAGUGGGCCGUAAAGUACGCAGGUGCCCCAGCUGCGGAAACGGACAGUGCUCGUUACGGAGGGUACAAUCGGAAUUUGAUCGAGCCGUUCAUUGAGAUGGGAUACUCUAAAGACGCAGUUCUCGAGGCAUUCCAGUACGUUGGAAUCGAUCGCAAUAAUGGCAAAGACUAUACUCUGGAGGAAGCUUAUCUAGGCGAUGUUAUGUUAAGGCUAUCCGACGCUCUAUAG